AUGACUCUAGGUGUGCUUCUGGGGCUUGUUCUCUCAUGUUUGUUUCUUCUUUCACUAUGGAGGCAGAACUCUCAGAGAAGAAAGCUUCCCCCUGGCCCCACUCCUCUCCCAAUCAUUGGAAAUAUUCUUCAGGUAGACCUUAAGGACAUCAGCAAAUCACUGAAGAAUGUAAGUACAUGCUUGUUUUCAAAAGUCUAUGGUUCCGUGUUCACUCUAUACUUGGGCAGGAAGCCUACUGUGGUGUUGCAUGGAUAUAAAGCUUUAAAAGAAGCCUUCAUUGAUUAUGGGGAUGAGUUUGCUGGAAGAGGAAACUUCCCAAUAGCUGAAAAGAUUGGUAAAGGUCAUGGCAUAGUUUUUAGUAGUGGAAAAACCUGGAAGGAGAUGAGGCGCUUCUCACUCAUGACUCUACGGAACUUUGGAAUGGGGAAGAGGAGCAUCGAGGACCGUGUUCAAGAGGAAGCUCGCUGUCUUGUGGAGGAAUUGAGGAAAUCCAAUGGUUCACCCUGCGACCCCACCUUCAUCCUGGGCUGUGCUCCUUGCAAUGUCAUCUGUUCCAUUAUUUUCCAGAAUCGUUUUGAUUAUAAUGAUCAGGAAUUUCUCAACUUCAUGAAUGUCCUAAAUGAGAAUGUAGAGAUUCUAAGUUCUCCUUGGAUGCAGAUUUGCAAUAAUUUUCCUGCUGUAAUUGAUUAUCUACCAGGAAGACACAGACAACUAUUUAAAAAUUUCACUUUUACAAAACAUUAUUUUUCAUCAAAAAUAACAGAGCACCAAGAAUCACUGGAUAUUAAUAAUCCUCGGGACUUUAUUGAUUGUUUUCUGAUCAAAAUGGAGCAGGAAAAGAACAACCCGAAGACAGAGUUUACCCAUGAAAACUUGUUCUUCUCAGCAGCUGAUCUGUUUUCUGCUGGGACAGAGACAACAAGUACAACACUGAGGUACUCCCUGCUGCUCCUGCUCAAGCACCCGGAAGUCACAGCCAAAGUCCAGAAAGAGAUUGACCAUGUGAUUGGUAGACACAGAAGCCCCUGCAUGGAGGACAGGAGUCACAUGCCCUACACUGAUGCUGUGUUGCAUGAGGUUCAGAGAUUUGUUGAUCUCCUUCCCAACAACCUGCCCCAUGCAGUGACCUGUGACAUUAAGUUCAGAAACUAUUUCAUUCCCAAGGGAACCACUGUCAUAGCAUCACUGUCAUCUGUGCUACAUGAUGACAAAGAAUUCCCCAACCCAGAGAGGUUUGAUCCUGGUCACUUUUUGGAUGAGAAUGGCAAGUUUAAGAAAAGUGACUACUUUGUUCCUUUCUCAACAGGAAAACGGAUUUGUGUGGGAGAAGGCCUAGCCAGAAUGGAGUUAUUUUUAUUUCUGACCACCAUUUUACAAAGCUUUAACCUGAGGUCUCCAAUUGAUCCAAAUGACCUUGAUAUCACUCCAGUCAACAAUGGACUUGUUUCUUUGCCACCCGAGUUCCAGAUCUGCUUCAUUCCCAUUUAAAUGUGUUUCCCCCUGAAGCCCCUUCCUCCUGGGCACAGUUGACCUCUUCUGUUAGGCAUGCCUCUCUGACCUCCCACCUCACAUUGCCUCAUCUCCUCAAGGUCCA